AUGAGGUUAACUUCAAAUCUUCUUUUUCGUCCUUCAAUCCUCAAAAUGGCACUUCAUCCUCCACCAAAUAACUCCAAACUCAUUUUCGCUCCCGCCAACGAUAAAACCAAUGCCCAAGCAGAUCAAUUCGUAAAAGGUGCACUCGAUCGUAAAGAUCUCGAUUCCAAUCCUCUCACACAAUUUCAUUCCUGGUUUUCCCACGCACAAAAAAAUGGGGUUUACCAUCCAGAAACCGUUUGUCUAUCAACUGCCAAUUUACCUUCCGGUCGAGUAUCAGCACGUAUGGUAUACUUGAAAGAAUUAGAUGCCAAAGGAGGAUUUGUUAUAUAUAGCAAUUGGGGAACAAGUAAAAAAGCGAAAGAUAUUGCGGAAAAUAAAUGGGCAAGUCUUACAUUUUGGUGGCAAGAAUUAGAAAGACAGGUUAGAGUUGAGGGAAAGGUAGAGAGAUUACCUGAUGAGGAAAGUCAAAUUUAUUAUGAUUUAAGGGCGAGGGGUAGUAGGAUUGGUGCUUGGGCUAGUCCGCAGAGUCAGGUAUUGAAGGGGAGAGAGGAAUUGGAAGAGAGAGUUAAGGAGGUUGAAAAGAGAUUUGAGGGUCAGGAAAAGAUACCAGUACCGGAAUUUUGGGGAGGGUUAAGAAUUAUACCGGAAAUGGUAGAAUUUUGGCAAGGGAGAGAUAGUAGAUUACAUGAUCGAUUUCAAUAUGAGAAGAAAGAGGAUGGAGAAUGGGAUAUUCAAAGGUUAAGUCCAUGAGAAAGGGGGAAAUCAGACAUGUAAAAAUAAGAUUUGUACAACACAACUCAAUUGAUAUAUUAAUAUAC